GGUUAGGUUGCUCCGCGCGGAGCUGUCACACGGCGGCAACGGCGGCUCCUUUCUUCUCGCGCUCGUCUUCCUCGUCCCUCAGCCCCGCGCUCGCCCGCCAGCCAUGGAGCCGCACCCGGCCGACAAGAAGUUGUUCGAGAACCUGUCGGGGGCGGGCAAGGCCAUCGGGGUGCUGACUAGCGGCGGCGAUGCGCAAGGUAUGAAUGCAGCAGUACGCGCAGUAGUGCGCAUGGGAAUCUAUGUAGAAGCCAAAGUGUAUUUUGUGUAUGAGGGUUACCAGGGUAUGGUUGAUGGAGGUGACAACAUUGUUGAAGUUUCUUGGGAAAGUGUAUCAAGUAUCCUGCAAGUGGGUGGAACAGUUAUUGGGAGUGCACGCUGCAAGGCAUUUCGUACCCGGGAAGGUCGUUUGCAAGCCGCUUACAAUCUUGUUAAACGUGGAAUCACUAACCUCUGUGUGAUUGGUGGGGAUGGAAGCUUAACGGGUGCUAAUCUCUUCCGUGAAGAAUGGAGUGGACUUUUAGAGGAACUGGCAGAAAGUGGCAAGAUUGAUGAAGAGGCAGUUAAGAAAUAUGCUUACCUCAACAUUGUGGGUAUGGUUGGGUCCAUUGAUAAUGAUUUCUGUGGUACUGAUAUGACCAUAGGAACUGACUCAGCCUUGCACAGAAUCAUUGAAGUUGUGGAUGCAAUUAUGACCACUGCCCAAAGCCAUCAGAGGACCUUUGUUCUGGAGGUUAUGGGAAGACACUGUGGGUAUCUAGCUCUUGUGAGUGCCUUAGCUUGUGGUGCAGAUUGGGUGUUCAUUCCUGAAUACCCCCCAGAAGAAGGAUGGGAGGAUAAGAUGUGUUUUAAGCUGUCUGAGAACCGUGCAAGAAAGAAAAGGCUGAAUAUUAUCAUUGUAGCAGAAGGUGCCAUUGAUUCUCACAACAAAGCCAUAACAUCGGAGCAAGUUAAAGAUCUUGUAGUUCGGCGCCUGGGAUUUGACACUCGUGUGACUAUACUGGGUCAUGUUCAGAGAGGUGGUACACCAUCAGCUUUUGACAGAAUUUUGGCAAGCCGUAUGGGUGUGGAAGCCGUCCUUGCCCUACUUGAGGCUACACCAGAUACUCCUGCUUGUGUUGUGUCCCUGUCUGGAAACCAGGCUGUACGUCUGCCUUUAAUGGAGUGCGUGCAGAUGACUCAAGAAGUACAGAAGGCAAUGGAUGAAACAAGGUUUAAAGAGGCUGUGCAGCUUCGAGGAAGGAGUUUUGAAAAUAACCUUAAAACCUACAAAUUAUUGUCUCAUAGAAAACAAGAUGCAGAGCUUCCAAAGAGCAAUUUUAAUGUGGCAAUUUUAAAUGUAGGUGCCCCUGCAGCUGGGAUGAAUGCUGCUGUGAGGUCUGCAGUGAGAGUUGGCAUAACUGAAGGACACAGAAUGUUUGCUAUCAAUGAUGGAUUUGAAGGUUUUGCUAAGGGGCAGAUAAAGACAGUCAGCUGGGGAGAUGUUGGAGGCUGGACUGGCCAGGGGGGAUCAAUUCUCGGCACAAAACGAACCCUUCCUGCAAAGUAUUUGGAGAAGAUUGCUGACCAGAUGCGCACUUAUAACAUCAAUGCCCUUAUGGUUAUUGGUGGAUUUGAGGCCUACCUGGGACUUUUGGAACUGUCAGCUGCCCGUGAGAAAUAUGACGAGUUCUGUGUUCCAAUGGUUAUGGUUCCUGCAACUGUAUCCAACAAUGUACCGGGUUCAGAUUUCAGCAUUGGUGCAGAUACUGCUCUGAACACUAUAACUGAUACAUGUGAUCGCAUCAAACAGUCAGCCAGUGGAACCAAACGUCGUGUGUUCAUCAUUGAGACCAUGGGUGGAUACUGCGGUUACCUGGCCAAUAUGGGGGGCCUUGCUGCAGGUGCCGAUGCUGCGUAUAUCUUUGAAGAGAAGUUUGAUAUUCGAGAGCUCCAGGCUAAUGUGGAACAUUUGACGGAAAAGAUGAAAACCAGCAUCCAGCGUGGUCUAGUGCUGAGGAAUGAGAACUGCAAUGAGAAUUACACAACUGACUUCAUCUAUCAGCUGUAUUCUGAGGAAGGAAAAGGUGUGUUUGACUGCAGAAAGAAUGUAUUGGGUCACAUGCAGCAAGGUGGUGCCCCUUCUCCAUUUGACAGAAACUUUGGGACGAAAAUUUCUGCAAAAGCCAUCCAGUGGAUCUCUAAGAAACUUGUGGAAACAUACCGGAAAGAAGAAGGAAAAGUAUUUGCCAACACCGAUGACACUGUUUGUCUGCUGGGAAUGCGCCGGCGCAAUCUUGUUUUCCAACCUGUGGCUGAGCUUAAGGGUGAAACAGACUUUGUGCACAGAAUUGCUAAGGAACAAUGGUGGCUGAAACUCCGGCCCCUGAUGAAAAUUCUGGCCAAAUACAAAACUAGCUACGACGUCUCCGAUUCAGGGCAGCUGGAGCACGUAGCGAUGCACAGACCGAAAGAAGCAGAAACUGGGGCCAUCUAAAGGAAUCCUUUUAGAUACAGUUGUAAUAGACCUACAUUGUGUGUAACAAUGCUUUAGAAUAUAUUGGUUACAGCUUUGUUUUGUAACACUUAAAUUAUUGUAUCAGCACUUUAUGUGAAAUAAGAAUUUAAAAUCUCAAAUUCCUUGCCCAGUAUGUCUUAGGUUUAACAGAAGACCUAGCAUCUAACAUACAAGCACCAGUUACCUAAGCAAUCCUUUAUCAACAGUAAGUGCAACAUAAUUCUAUGCACUCAGUGGGAUAAUCUGUUCAUUUAUUGCACUUCGUAUCCAAGAGUAUUCACACUCCAAGUAUAUGUAGAAGGCUAGCUUUAUGUCAAAUUACAGGUUAUGUUUAUGUACCCGAAGUGGAAUAAAGUACCGUUGCAAACAAAUA